CAGUCGAUCUCAAUUUUUUUGGGCUAUAUUUUGGAAAACUCAGACGCGUUGCUUCGUAGUAGGCACGAAUACUCCGAGGUGAUCGUUUCGUUCAAUCUGUCAGAUACAGAUCGAUCUAUAAAUUUCUUUUGUACCGUACAAAAAAUAAAAACAGCAGCAACAUGAGCAGCGUUGAUGAGGAUCUGACACCCGAGCAAAUUGCCGUUCUCCAGAAGGCCUUCAACAGCUUCGAUCAUCAAAAAUCGGGCAGUAUUCCCACUGAAAUGGUUGCCGAUAUUCUGCGUUUGAUGGGUCAGCCCUUCGACAAGAAGAUCCUGGAGGAACUGAUCGAGGAGGUUGAUGAGGACAAGUCUGGUCGCUUGGAAUUCGGUGAGUUCGUGCAAUUGGCUGCCAAAUUCAUUGUGGAGGAGGAUGCGGAGGCCAUGCAAAAGGAGCUGCGUGAGGCGUUCCGAUUGUAUGACAAACAGGGCAACGGUUUCAUUCCAACCACCUGCUUGAAGGAGAUCCUGAAGGAGCUCGACGAUCAGCUGACCGAACAGGAAUUGGACAUUAUGAUCGAGGAAAUCGAUAGUGAUGGUUCCGGUACAGUUGAUUUCGAUGAAUUCAUGGAGAUGAUGACCGGCGAGUAAAUAAACGCAGUCCCCAAGAUUCAAACACACACCAUACAACAACAACAUACCCUGAUACACUGACACAUACACAUACACAACUACGUACACACACCCUGGCACACAUACACACAUUACAUACGCACGCACACACACACACACACAUGGACACACCUGUUGGGCCCACGUUUACAUAUAUUUGUUUAUAUUUGCACAUUUGUUUCACUUCGCAAACAAAUCCACGUAUUUAAAUUUGAACAAAAAAGAAACAGCCUCAAAUUAAUAGCAUUAAA